CAGCCGCCCCUCCGCCCCUCCCUCCCGCAGGGCGGCUUCCGGCGCACGGCCGCCUCCCCCUCCUCCUCCUCCUCCUUCUCUUUCUUCGGCUGCUGCGGAGCUGCGGGAGCGCCAUGGCUGCCAACUGCGAGCGCACCUUCAUCGCCAUCAAGCCCGACGGCGUGCAGCGGGGGCUGGUGGGAGAAAUCAUCAAGCGCUUCGAGCAGAAGGGCUUCCGCCUGGUGGCCAUGAAGUUCGUGCACGCCUCUGAGGACCUUCUCAAGCAGCAUUACAUCGACCUGAAGGAUCGGCCCUUCUACCCCGGCCUGGUGAAGUACAUGAACUCCGGCCCCGUUGUGGCCAUGGUGUGGGAGGGGCUCAAUGUGGUUAAAACAGGCAGAGUGAUGCUGGGGGAAACCAACCCUGCGGACUCGAAGCCCGGCACCAUCCGUGGGGAUUUCUGCAUCCAAGUGGGAAGAAACAUCAUCCAUGGCAGCGACUCUGUAGAAAGUGCCCAGAAGGAGAUCAACCUUUGGUUCAAACCAGCGGAGCUCAUCGACUACAGAUCGUGUGCACAUGACUGGAUCUAUGAGUGAUGCCAGUUUCCACAAUGAAUUGUGCCUUCUGACUCUCAUCUCACUCCAGCUAACGAUCUGGGAGCAAUUAGCACAGCGGUUAUCUUGACGACUUUUCAGAACCAUCAAAAAUAAAUGGAUGAUAUAAAUGAA